GAGGGGCUGCGAAAGGGGCGGAGCGAGCAGCAUAUCUUUCGCAUCUGCUUAGCCGCUCUGAGGAAACAGGGUGCCGGACUUAAGGGGGCCUUCGGUCUGAUUGGGCAGCGCUCGCUGUGAAAAGGCGUGUGGGGGGGGGGCUGUGAAAACAUGCGCGUGGCAUGGAAAGUGCAUGGGGAGAAGUUGCUCUCCUUCCCCCUCGCAAUGCCAGCGACAGGGGUCCUCCGAGGAAGCCGAGCGGAGGGAGAUUCGAGACAAGACAAAAGGAAGAACUAACGUGCGCAGCGCAUAAUUCAACUUUCAGGGAUCAGGCCAAAUGUUCAUCUUAGUUCGGUAUCCUGUUCUCACAGUGGCCAUGGGAAGCUCAACAGGCAGGACCUGAGCCCAACAGCGCUCUUCCCACCUGUGGCUCCCAGCGACUGGCCUUCAGAAGCACCUGGAAGAAGAGCUAUGGCCAUUGUGGCUAGGAGCCAUUGAUAGCCUUACCCUCAUUUCCCUAAUCUCUGUUAAAGAUGUGGAAUUUGCUGUCAGGAGAGGCGGUGGCCACCAUCUUAGACAGCUUCAAGUGGCUGCUCCUAUUGACAACUUUAUAUUAUUUCUGCCAUCAGAAGCAGCAUGCUUCUCUGAAUACCAGAUGCUGAGGAGAGUGAGCUCCUUGCACUCGUGUCCUGCUUUUGGGCUUCUCCUGGGAAUCUGGUUGUCCACUGUGGAAACAGAAUUAUGGGCUUGGUGGUCCUUUGGUCUGGUCUACCAGAGUUGCUCUUAAAGAGGAAAGGAGGGUAGAUCAUUUAAAACAUUUCCACCUUUCAUCAAGAUGAUUCCAAGGUGGCAUACAAAUGUGUGAGCAAAACUACCCAUAGUGUCCUAAUGAGCAUCAUGACUUGGUGAAGAUUUGAAUCUGUCUCCCAUCCCAGCCCCCAAGUCUUAGGCCCCAUCUGCACUAUACAUUUAAAGCAGUAUUAUACCAUUUUAAACAGCCAUGGCUUUCCUCCAAAGCAGGCAUCCCCAAACUGCGGCCCUCCAGAUGUUUUGGCCUACAACUCCCAUGAUCCCCAGCUAACAGGACCAGUGGUUGGGGAAGAUGGGAAUUGUAGUCCAAAACAUCUGGAGGGCCGAAGUUUGGGGAUGCCUGCCCCCCCCAAAACCUGGGAAGUAUAGUCUGUAUACUUCGGGAAGCCAUGGCCUAUUUAAAGUGGUAUGAUACUACUUUAAAUAUAUAGUGCAGAUGGGACCCUAGUUUGACAUUCUAAUUGCUACAUCUGUGGUAGCUCUUAUUUAAAUUAUGCCUUAACUGUGAAGGGAAGCUAAGGGUGCAUCCUUGCUUUAUGAAUUUAACCUAGGUUUGAUGACACUGUAUUUUGAAAAAGGACUGAAGUCCACCCAUCUCUAACUUAAAGGGUCAUAUGAGAUGAUACUUGUGGAGGGAGUGUGUUAUAUUUGGGAAGAAAUGGAAUAGACUAGCUUAUGUGCUCUUUAGCAACCUCAAUCUUUUAUUCCCACCUGAUAGGCACCCAGGAUCAAUUCGUGCAACCAUUUUGGUUGUGACUGGUUGCUUUACUUUUCUUAUCUGUAUUGGUCUGUUCUUGUGGCAAAUGGUCUGCCUGAACCAUUGGAAACUGCUCUUUUCAUUAAUGGCUAUACGGCUUCCAAGUAUGAGUUCAGGACUGGCAUACAAAGCUGCAGUUUGUCUUUGUGGCAAAAGAUUCAGGCAGCUUUUUCCCUGUCGAGUGUGCCCUAAUGCAGGCAGCAUGUGUGAAUCAGUCUGGAUAUUAUGUGAUUUGGGACUUGGGGAGGAACAGAUCAUGAGUCCUUCUGCCUGAGUCGUAUCAAAAUGAGCUUUUGACAUGUUGCAAUUGCCUUUCCAGCUACUUCCCAGGCUUGAACCACUUGCCCCUUAAUUGUACUGUUAGAAUCAAUCCUAAAGCCCUCCUUUCCUUCAGUUUUAGGCUGCUGCAGUUUCCCUGAUGUAGGGCAAAGGAGCCUUCCAGCAGCUUGUUUGUACUUGGCUCCUAACAGCCGUUUGCCCUCCAAGCCAACAGAAUAAACACAUUCUCUGUGCUGUGCCUGGAAUGAAGCCAAUAGUGUCCUGCUAAGCGCUCCCCCCCCCCUUUAACGGAGGUGUGAGGAAGACAUUUGGCUUCCUAUAUAUGAAGCAAGCUUGGCUAUGGUUGUUGUUUAGCUGUGGACUUCAGCCAUCCCUUCUCUACAAAAACAGCAACAAUCUGCGUGAGUGUAUCUUACCUAUGUGCCGAGGUAGGAUAGUCAAUGUGUAAAAUGUGCUCUGGGAGCAUCUUGAGGUGAGCCUUGGGAAGGUGAUGGAAGGCAGAUGGCUGCUCUAGAGGGUUUUUUCCCCCUCAUCGCCUUUUUGCUCACUUGACUGCGCUGACAGCUUUGUGAUGUCUGGCACUGUGCUUCAGCUGUGAUGGUUGCACCUGUUUCGAGUGGGCAGAAUUCCAGGGUUCUAUGUGUAGCUUUGGGGUGUGAUGGAGGUGUCACUGCCUGUUUGGAGGUGCAUAUGAAACAUUUUGGAGGUGAGAUCCGUGGUAGGAAGAUAAAGCCAGAUGUUUCCCUUGUUAGCUGGCACUGAAACAGAGGCUCCUCUUACGGUGAUAACCCAGAGACUUGGGUUCUGUACAGCUCCCAGGAGCUUGGCCUUUUCUGAGUACCAUAAACACUUGGCAGCGCUGAGGCCUAUUUUACUGUUGCUUUUCAAAGAUGUUGUACAAGCACAUGUUGUAUAAGCAACUAUAUCUGUGUCUGAAAACAUGUAAAAACAAACAAACAAUGCAAUUGGUAAUUCAACACCAAGCUUUUAACAUAGUUGAGAAAACGAACUGAUUUGUCCUUUAGUAUUGCUGUGUUGCCUCUCUGAAUGCUUCAGGCUAAAACCAGACUGUAACUGAUGCAUCAUAGUGAUAGCUGAGUACUUCUAUCCAGUAAAAUAAAAGAGACUUGAAUUUAAAACAGGAAAAUGUGACAGAAUAAGAAUAAAAGGCAAGUUAAAAAUAACUCCACAAUAACAAUCAAAUAGCGGCAAGGAAACUUUAAGAAUACAAAAUUUAAAACUCCAGGAGAUACUGUGUAGUUUUAUUCUUUUUAUAUCUCAAAAUACAUGAACAUUAUAUGCUCAAGUAUUUUGAGGGGGGGGGGGGAAGAAUAAAAAAACAAAACAAAACAAAAACAAAACUCCAGCAGAGAACCUUUCAUACUCUUGGCACCACUACCGAAAAAGCCCUGUCUCCCCUAAUCUCAAGGGUGGCUGGCACAAAGAUCAAACCCUCCAACAUGGAUGACAGAAGCCAAGCCGAUUCAUAAGGAGCCACCUCCUUGAGGAGGACAUUCACCUGGCUCCUGCAUUAUUUUUACGGUGUUGAAUUCAAACAUUUUUGUUCUCUCAAGCAUUUCAAUAGUUUGUAUUUUAAGUACUGGGAGGAUGCUGUAUUUUUAAACACUGGUAAUGAAAUCUUUUACUCCACUCUUUUAAUUGCGAUUCAAUUCUGUUUAUUGUUUUUGUUUAUAUACCAUAGGCUGAAAUCUUAUACACCCUGGGAUUAAGAAUGGUUUACCUGCCUUACUUACCUGAGUAGACUUGUAUAGGGUUGUAGGCCUACUGAAAGCCUUAACCUCCAUAAAUUUGUCUUUUAAAGCCAUCCAAGUUGGUGGCCACCCACCACUACAUCUUGUGGUAGUGAAUUCUAUGGCUUAACCACGUCUGCACUGGGACUAGAAGGAGUUCCUUCCGAAGUUACACCCAGAAAAAAUAUGCUUAUGAUAGGGGGAUUCAUUAUCAAUCUAGACACCAUAUUCUGAAUCAAUUGUGCUUCCUGCUUUUUAUAGGCUCUUCCAUGUAUACUCCCAUGCCCUUCCUCCAGCAGGUGAAGACUUUCUUAUUCCAACAGCCUUUGGGGAACUGACUGAUUUUAAGGAAAGGACUGGGGCUGUGAUGUAUUCUAUUAUAAUUGUCUGUAUAUUUUAAUAGAUCAUAUAUAUACAGUAGUUAGUUUUAAUUCUCUUAAUGUUUCAUUGUUUUUUAAAUUCUGCCUCUCGCCUCAUGUGUGCUUUAUUGCAGUAGUUAACAUGUAUGACAUGAUAAUAGUAGCAAUGUUUCUAAGACUAGCAUGAUGUGGAAGAUGUGAAAUAAAACCAACACUGAGGAUAUAAUGCUGUUUAGUUCCUUGCAGCAGCUUCCCUACAGUUUCCUGUUCUUCCAGAUAAAUUGGCCAUGCUUUGCCAGUGACGUUGAAGGAGGAAGAACUAAGGAAAGCGAGAUCUUGCAGUUCUUGAUUCCUGGCCUGGAGCUGAGGCUGAGAUGUCAGAGGGGCCCUCCAGGAUUACGGGGCCCAUUCCCCCUGAUCCCUCCCUUUGUCCCGAUUACUACAGGCGUCCCCUAUCAGCACGAGGGAGACUGGAAGGGAACUCUCUGAAGCGGGAUCUGCUCCCCGGCCCCAUUCCCCCAGAAUGCUGCCUCUACCCUGAAUGCUACAGUGCCCGCCUUGCUCACCCUCCUGCACGGAUUAAGCUGAAUGGCAGGGACAUUCUAGAGAAGGGAAAGAAGGGCACAGUGGGAGCUCUCCUGCAGCUGGAUGGGAUCUCCUUCCAGGAGGUGACACCCAAGCGCAAAGAUCACAAGGACUAUGAGAAGGAAAAUCUGAGGCGCAUGCGAGAGAUUCAGCGGAAAUGCAGAGAGAAGGAGCAGGCUCGGGAGCUCAGCCAACCAAAGCCUGUGAAGGCCCUAUGGAAGUCUCAGAAGUAUGAGAGUGUGGAGUCUAAAGUCAAAGCAAAGCUGCAGGAGAGUCCUAGUCCUCCGAAUCCAGAGCAUCAGAGAUACUUGAGAGCCUAUUCGCGCUGCGGUGCAGGAAUUUGCCCACGCAGGUCACCAUCUCCAAACCCUGUCCAGUCCGGAGCAACAGCAGCUGCAGAAUCACAGAAUGGGAGUGUCAAGAACCAAGAGGAGGGUCAAGGGGUGGACUUUGUCAGCCACAACGCCCAGAAUGCCAAACGGGCUCAGCUGCGGCGCUCACGCACCUUGCAGUCGCUGACCGAAGUGCUGGAGCAGAAACGCAAGGAUCAGGAAGAGUACAACGCUAAGCAGAAAGGCCAUGUCCCCCGCUACCUGAUUGAGAGGAAGGACCACUGGCGCAAAGAGGCAGAGGAGCGCCAGCGCAACAUGCCUGACCCCUCCAUGCCACCUGGCCAUGCCAUGAUGCCAGAGAGCCAGCGGCUGGAGACGCUCAACGACCUCAAACAAAGCCAAGAGCGCUUCCUGAAAGACCUCCUGCUGCUUCCAGUGCGAACUGACACCCUCAGCGGCCAGAAUAGACGUGCCACCCUGGAGAAUAAGCUGUCACAGAUCGAGGAGGCACUCAAAAUAUUCUCUCGGCCCAAAGUCUUUAUCAAGCUGGACUCCUAGGCAGAGGCAAGAUGCUCCCUUUCCCAGCCUUCUCUUCUGGACUGCAAUGAAAGGUCUCUUUUUCCUUCCUUGCUCAGACAGAAAUCCUCUUCCCCUCUCAGCCAUCCUUGCUGGCUGACUCAGUGAUGCGAGCUUCUGCCCCACACUUGUGUGGCUGGCUACUCUCUGGUGCUUGCUCUUGUCACCCAGCCUUUCAGGAGCUGGGAUGGAACAAGAGGUCUGCAUCACACCUGUCUGCUUGUCUUGCUUCACACCAAGGGCAGGGAGAAUCUGUGGCCUACCAAAAGUUGCUGGACUUUGAUUUCCAUCUGCCCCGGGCAGCCUGGCCAGUGUUCAAGAGUGAUGAAAAAUGUAGUCCAAACGGCAUCUGGAAGGCCACAGGUUCCCCUUCCUUGUUCUUCAUGCAAAAGGAGUAGGUUGCCAAAAAGGAGAUGGGAUGGUUGGUGGUGGGGG